AUGAAAAGGGUAUUACCAUCAGUUCUCUGGUCCCUCUUUCUACUCGUUACCGUAACCCAUUCGCUGGAAAAAACGGCGCCAGAUCUACUGGGAAAAGUGUGUGCAUUCGGUGAUUUCAAUGCGGAUCGCAACACGGAUAUACUCGUUUUCAACAAUGGAAGUUUGACUAUAAAUUAUCAAGAAACGAAGCUAUUGGACGUGUUGGAAGCGUCGAAAUUCACUCAAGGAACCUCGUUUGUCGUCGGAAAAUCAGAUUUGAAUCCGGAAUUGGUUGAAUGUUCAGUUGGAGACUUUAAUGGAGACUCUAGACUCGAUGUCCUGGUCUCAAUCCGCGAUGCCGACGGUCUCUACAACCACACCCUAUGGACAUCUGACGUCGAAAACGAGAAGGAAAUCUUCCGCCCAUUCCACGUGGAUUUCCUCCAACAACACGCGAUGGCAAUCGACGUGACGAAUGACGGAUGGACUGAUAUUUUGGGUUUCUAUCCGAAUGGAACAAUGUUUUGUUCACAAGUCGGAAAGCAGGGAACGGUUUAUCCGAUUGUUCACGGGUGUGAUAACGAGUUCACCAGUUUCCCCGAUUCACUGAACAUUUUCCCAGGAAUGCCACAUUUAUUCGUUGAUUUGAAUUCCGAUCUCAUCGCCGACAUCAUUUUCAUGACAAAAGACACCGAUGGAUCGCUCGUGAUGAAUGUGUGGCAAUUGACAAAAAUCGGUUGGCAAUACCGUGACUGGAUCCCAAAAAUCUCGGUGAACCAAUACGCGAACCUCGCCGCGCCGAUCGUCAUGGACUUUGACUCGGACGGAGAAAUGGACAUUCUCGUUCCGAUUUGUCAGGAUUCGAGUUGCAAUCGAUUCGCCCAAUUGGCCUCGUGGUCAAAGACGAAAUCAUGGGGAACAGUGACGAUUGAUAUGCAGGAUUAUACGGUCAAACGGGAACCAUUCUCUCUUGUUGUAUUCCGUGUUGGAGAAUUCUCUUUGGACAGUUUCCCCGAUAUUACUGCUAUCAUCCAGUCUAGGGCAAACUCCCGUCCCAUUGUGAAAGUGAUAGAAAAUGCGGAAUGCAAGAAUUGCGAAAAGAACGGAACUCGUCGAUUCGAACUCCGGAAGUUAGAGUUCGUCCAACCAAGGAAUAUGUCACUUGGAGUCAUUAAAAUGGGAACUUUUUUUGAUUUAUUGGAAGAUGGAUCACUUGAUUUGUUGGUUGAAUACGAGUACGGUAAUCAGACACGUUUCGGAUUCAUCUACUGUCCCGAUAAGGGUGAUACGACGUUUCUGAAAGUGCAAGUGUUCACCGGAGUGUGCAGUGACAACAGAUGUAAUCCAAAAUCAAAUGAAAUCGGAUCAAGUAUCAGUAUGACGGGAGCGUGUGCAUCGUUCUCGAUGACUGAUGGAUGGGGUGGAAGUACUCAGAGUGUCGCGUGUCAAGUACCUUCCUCUUCCCACAGAUCACUCUAUUUGCCAUUUUUGUUGUACGGAUUGGGAAGAAGUCCCAAUUUUGUCGAUGAGCUCAACAUCGCCAUUCCAAAAUACGCGGAUCGUAAAGAGGACUGGAAGACAAGUCUGAAACAAAUCGUUCCGAACUCUCGUAUCAUCGUCCUCCCCCCGUCAACAGAGUAUCCACAUUGGAGUAGUCGACUCUAUGUUACACCAUCUGCACUCAUUGUUCAGAGUCUCGCCGUGAUCGCCCUUGUGUGUUGUAUGCUCCUAAUGGUCGUCGUAUUUCUACACUAUCGUGAGAAGAAAGAGGAUCGAUACGAACGACAGCAACAGUCGCAUCGUUUCCAUUUCGAUGCCAUGUAG